ACGCCCGCGCGGCAACUCGUGUCGCGCGCCUCAACUGCAUUGUGCAGAGGCAGAAGUUGUAGGUUUUACGUUGUUUUCACUUUGUCUGUGCGUUAACAAUGCGUGGAUUUUUGUUUUAAAGUGUUUAGUUCGAACCUGGCAAGUGGACAACAUUUAUGUGAGCAGAAGAGUUUCUUUUAGCUGAAUUCACGAUAGGAAAACUGAGCGUGGAAGAGUAAUUGUCAGGUGGCUCGUGGGAUUUAAAGUUCAGCUAAUAGUAGCUGCUCAGACUAUUAGCUGGUAGUUAGCUUCGUCAUAUUAACAUUAGUUUGGUCACAAUGGCAGCCAUUUGUCAGCCACGACGUGCCUUGGUGGAAAUACCUGAACCACAGCCCAAAAUUGCAGCUCGAAUGAGGAGGUCCUAUUUAGAAAUUCUUAGUGCUCGUUUGGUCCCUUCUCAGCCUCCAAGGUCGAGAUCCACAAACACGAAACGAGCGCAAUCCUCAGUAGAUUUGUCGAUUGAUGGACUCUGGAGAGGAAGAGUAGAAGAAAGGUGUAAGAUGGAUGAACACCCAAUGCCACUUUCCAAGCAGCAGCUUGUACAACUCAUCAGAUCUCUCAUCUUAGUUGAACAGAGCCACGAACCAAAGAUCAUGGCAUCGGACCUGAAGUAUCUUCAGGAAGACCUGCAGCUAAAGAAGGCAAAUGUUUACAGGUCCAUACCAUACUCGCGGUUCGGCUCCAACAGGGAUGCUCAUUGCUACAGAAAGGCGUAUCCUCAUCUGGUGGCCUUUAAAGUUUCCUGCCAGGAGUGGGGCCAAGUUCUUCUGAGGAACAAAAUGUGGGAUGUUGUAUUGGAGCACUCCCUAAUGGCGUGGCGUUACACUAGCGAGUUACCACAGUGGGACACCGCAGACCAUAACGCUCUCCGAGAACAAUGUUUCAACAUUCUGGCAGCUCACAGCCUGGCCGCGCUGCAGCACUGCCGCCCCGAGCCCAGCAGAGGACGCGAGCUGCUCAGGAGGCUGAAGGUGGCUCAGCUGCAUAGCCAGUCCAUAGUCCCCAGCAUUGAAGAGCUGCAGAGGAUUGUGGGAUGCGCUGAAGACUUGGAUACAAAAUGAUGAGAUGCCUUAUGAUGAAAUACGUGGAUCCCAUGUUAUUGUGGGCCAAAAAGUUGUAUAUGGUGGUGAUUGUUGAGGAAAACCAUUACAGUAUUCAUCCAAAAAACGCGAUAGCUGGUGCAAAAGGAACUGGAAGUACGCUAGAAGAGUGUCUGUAGAAUUUAGCUUAUGGACAAGGAGAGAAAGAACAAGUGCCUCUAUAAUGCAAACUUGAGAAAGUAGCCAACCGAAAACCAUUUUUAAGUGGCCGAAAAUUCAGUGACACCUCUGGAUAAAUGGAAUUUUAGCUUGGACAACAUGUUGCAUUAAGAUGACUCAUCACUUUGUCUUAGUAACAUCUGGAUUUCUUUGCAGCCUGUUUGAAAACACACUUCCUUUGCUGAUGAGCAGAAGUGAUUGGUUGGCAGGAAAAAUCUUGUAUAUCUUUUUAUAGAGGUUUGUAGCAUUUAGCUUGCAUUGAAAACUGAAAAAAAGAAAUCAAAUGGCUUUUCCUGUUGCUUUCUAUGUGGAUGUGUGUUACUGUUUACCAUACUUGAAACAGUGGCCUUUGUAAUGUGAGUUGUUGGUAGAGAAUCAUUGUCAUUUAUUGCACUGUCGCCAUUUCUCCUGAAAACUUGAACUUUUUUAUAAGAUGAAUUCUAAUUUAAAUAAAGUUGACUUAAAGUGA